UUUACUCGCACAUGCAGAACGAUUCAAUUAGAAUAGAUAAGUAGCACACCUGUUUCUUUACAUCUGUUCACUGUGUUCUAAACUGUAGAACACGAUGUAAAUUUCAAAAAAGAAAUCGAAUACAAAGAAAAUUUCAAAAUUAAUGUUUAGAUUCUAAACGAUAAUUUUGAACUUUUGUAUGUAUUCCAUUUCUUUUUUGAAAGAGUCGCUAUUGAGAAUUUCAUUAGAAAAUUCGUCUUAUACAAGACAUAAACGCAUUUUUCGACUAAAAAGUAUAAAACUUAUCCCAAAAUCUGAGUUUAUUAUUGAUCAAUUCAUAUUAAAAGAUAAUGUCAUCUAAACGACCUCUAAAUAGAUUCAAAGAUAUCGCAAAGUUCGUAAUGCAUAACAGAGACGUCCCACAUUUGUUUGAAACAACGUCAAUAAGAGGAACCGAAGAGUCAUCACCUAGUCAUGUAGUUAGAGAUUUGGAUCCAAAAGUAUACAGUCGACCUAUAGAAGUUACACGUGGAUCUAUCUCUGGUGUUGUCAGACAAUUAAUGACAAAAGAAAGUGCUCUGAGGACCAAAAAGGAUAUUGGCAUGAUCGUGGGUACGAUAAGAAAAAUGCCUUUCUUUGGGAAGUUGGAUCAAGAUCUCCUUGAAAAACUUGCACGUGUGAUAUAUUAUCAAUCUCUUGAAAAGGGAAGAGUUAUUAUCAAAGAAGGGCAAAUUCCUGUUUAUAUGUAUUAUAUCGUAGAUGGACAAGUUUCUGUCUCAUAUUCAGAAAGACAUCCAAUCACAGAUCAAGUUAAAGAAAUAGAAUUUACUGAACUUGAUAAAGGUUCUUAUUUUGGAGAAAUCAGUUUAAUGCAUAAAACAAAAAGAGAACUCACAUUUACGUGUAAAGUGCCAUGCCAAUUUUUUGUUAUAGAAGAUGAUGAUUUUAAUGAGCUAUUAAGAGAUAUAAUAUACAUUGAUGUAGUUGAGAAAAGAAAGCACUUGGUUAACAUGCCAGCAUUCGAUGAUAUCGAAUGGAAUGAGAAACAAUUGAAAAUUAUAAGUACAUUCACAAAAAUUGUUUCAUUCCCAAAAGAAAGGGUCAUCGUUGGUGGAAUCGAAGAACAGCCAAGGGAUGUUUAUUUUGUAAUUUCAGGAAGUUGCAAAUUCGUACGCGCUGUGAAAUAUAUAAUCAAAACUGAUGAACAUAGAAAAACACGAUAUUUGGCAUUUAAUGAAAAGGAUGUUUCAAGUACAUGCCAGAAAAAAUAUCAUAAAGUUUUGUUAGAAAUCUGCGUUGUGAAACAUGGAAGUUAUUUUGGAGUAGGUGAAGAUAUGUCUAAAACAUAUUUACUUGCAAUGGAUAAUGUAGCGUGUCUAUUAAUUCCAAGGAGCAUAAUGUUAAAAUAUGGCUUGAGAAAAUACAUGGAAAAGUUAUGCAAGAUACAUAACAGAAUAUAUCCAUUAGAACAAAGAGUAUUAGACUUAUAUUUUGAAAAGAAGAAAUUAGAAAAGUUUCUAAAAAAUAUUGUUAAAAAAACUUUAUUAAGACAAAAAAUGAAAUAGUUUACAGUACGAGUCUUUAAC